GAACCAUGUAAUAAAUAUGGAGGUUACCUCUUCCCUAUCAUACUUGUAUUCCUGGACCCGCUACAGCACACACAUGCAGCACAGAGGAUUUCUGGAUAUAUACCGUAGUAUUUAUACCUUUGGCAGGAUUGUGGAAUCUGGAGGGCGUACAUGAAUUACCUAGAGAAUCUUACAUACAGAGCAUGAAACUGGAUGUGACACAGAGCAACAACCAGGAACAGCAGUUCUGUUCUAUACAGGUCACAUCAGACAAUGGCGCUCUCUUUAUCAUCAAUCCACUAUAUCUGCAUGAACAUGGAGACAGUUGGCUCACACAUAUGUCUGAUAACUCUGGUAAAGAAAAAAGAAAGAGUGUGCCCUGGUGUUUUCAAAGAAAGCUUGAACAAAUGAACCUUGAACCAGCAAUGGAAGAUAUAAAUGGCCACGAACACAGUGAUACAGAAGAACAAUCAAAUGUCUAUAAAGCACCCAGCAGGGAAGACUCUGACACAUUAAAUACUCCAGAGACAACGGAAAGUGAGAGUUGUGAAGGUCAAGACCAUUUAAAGCCACAUUUCCCCAAUUCAACGUUUCUCAGGAAAUCUGUCAUAAGGAUGCGACAUGGAUCCAACAAAAGCCAAAAUCCAGAAGAAGGCUCCAUUGACAUAGGAAGUACACUUCAGAAGGCCCAUAGAAAGAGACAUUCACUCAUUCCUCACAGAGUUUCAUGGAUUGAAGAACACGAACAUAUUUCAGGCGCUUCUUUGAAAAAAUCAAGCUCAGACUCUUCUCUGAACUCAUCAGACAGCUUUUUACUGCCACCGUUGCCAGAAAUGGACUCUGUUUCCAUCAGCAGUAUUGAAGAAGAAGGGGAGCACAGUACCUUGAGGCACAAGAAGACACAUUCUCAUGGACUUGGAGAUAUGGUUAGACAUAGCCUUCUAGCAGUUAGCACUGCACUCACUGGACUUAUUUCCAAUGAGAAACAUCUUGGAAACAGAAUCCAGUUGCUAGCAGAAGACUCAUCAACGUAUCUUGGAAGUGCGGUUCAAACAUUCAUAAGCCAUAUGAAAAAGAGAUCUGUACAGUACAUCUCUACCAUGGAAAUGUUACAAGCCCUACGUCAGCAGAUCACCAACAUGAAGAGUUACCUGCUUGUGAGCAAUGAAAUUUGGGAGCAUGUGGAACAUCAAGAAAUGGAUGAGUCAACAAUUGCUUGUAUCAUUGAAACAUCACUUUACAAAUGUCUGCUGAAACCUCUUAAAAGUGUGAUUUACUCCCAACUCCUGGAGAUGCACAACAGAGAUGGUUCCUUGGCCAAAUUAUUAGGUAACCAAAAGAAGAUGAAGGCUAGCAGUCUUGAACAGAAACCCCGUUCGGGAGUACCUGGGCCCAGUAAUAUGGAGAAGAUUCAACAGAAGUUGUCCCUCAUGCACAUGGCCUAUUCCCCAGAGAAGAAGAUACGGCUGUUGCUGAAAGUGUCUAAACUCAUUUAUGAGGCAAUGGAGACCUCCAGUGGAAAGAAAGAAGCCUUUGGUGCUGAUGACUUCUUACCAGUUCUCAUCCAUGUUUUGUUGGGUUGUGACCUAACUUCUGUGCAGCUAGAUGUAGAGUACAUGAUGGAACUUCUGGAUCCCACUCAACUUCAAGGAGAAGGUGGCUACUACCUGACUACUAUGUUUGGAGCCCUGUAUCAUAUAAGCAGCUUUAACACAAUCUCACGGAAACUUAGUUGGGAGGCCCAAAAUUCUAUUCGCCAAUGGCAGCGCAGACGGACUAUUCAUCACAGACCUACUUUUCAAAAAUCUAGUAAAUUUAGCAUGGAAAUGUAGAAAAAUGCGCAGCUCUUGGAAUGUUAUAAAGAACUGUAUAUUAUAAUGUC